CCGGAAUAACUCAUUUUCAACACACCGCCAUCUCCGAUCGUCGCCGCUCUUUCUUUUCUUUCUCUUUUCUCUCUUUCCAUCUUUUAUUCGCUUUCUUUCUCUUCAGCGCCUCCACCGACUCGGUUUCUGACUUGCCCUAAGUCAUCGCCGGUCCAGGCCGGUUCGGUUCGAAUCCGCCAUGGAGAUCGCGCACGAGCCACCGCCUUCUCUCGACGGCAGCCCUAUCGCCGCCGAAACUGUUGCAAACUCUCCGCCGUCGUCGUCUUCCUCUUCCUCCCCUUCGUCUUCUGCCUCCUCUCUGGCUUCGUCACCUCGCGCUGCAAAAGGAAAGGAGAUCGAAUCAACCGCAUCGUCGGCAGCGCCGGCGCCGGCGGCUUCGCCUACUGCUAGGUACGAAGAUGAUGACGAGGAGGAAGAGGACGUGUGCCGGAUAUGCAGGAACCCUGGCGAUGCCGAGAACCCUCUCCGGUAUCCUUGUGCGUGCAGCGGGAGUAUCAAGUUUGUGCAUCAGGAUUGUCUCCUUCAGUGGUUGAAUCACAGCAACGCUCGCCAAUGCGAGGUCUGCAAGCAUGCAUUCUCGUUUUCUCCUGUUUACGCUGAGAAUGCCCCAGCUAGGUUACCGUUUCAAGAAUUUGUGGUUGGAAUGGCAAUGAAAGCUUGCCACGUUCUGCAAUUCUUCUUGCGCCUGAGCUUUGUGCUAUCCGUGUGGCUCCUAAUUAUACCUUUCAUAACAUUCUGGAUAUGGCGAUUGGCUUUUGUAAGAAGUUUCAGUGAAGCCCAGAGGCUAUUCCUAAGUCAUUUAUCAACAGCAGUUAUUCUGACUGAUUGCCUCCAUGGUUUCCUGCUUUCUGCAAGCAUUGUCUUCAUAUUUCUUGGGGCCACUUCUCUGAGAGAUUACUUUAGGCAUUUGCGAGAAAUUGGGGGACAGGAUGCUGAUAGGGAAGAUGAAGUGGACAGAAAUGGAGCGCGAAUUGCUAGAAGAGCUCCUGGACAAGCUAAUCGUAAUAUUAAUGGUGAUGGGAAUGGUGAAGAUGCUGGUGGAGCACAAGGAAUUGCAGGAGCUGGACAAGUGAUUAGAAGAAAUGCUGAAAAUGUUGCUGCACGGUGGGAGAUGCAAGCAGCACGUCUUGAGGCCCAUGUUGAGCAGAUGUUUGAUGGUCUGGAUGAUGCUGAUGGAGCAGAGGAUGUGCCCUUUGAUGAACUUGUCGGCAUGCAGGGUCCAGUUUUUCAUUUGGUUGAGAACGCAUUUACUGUGCUUGCAAGCAAUAUGAUUUUCCUUGGUGUUGUAAUCUUUGUGCCCUUCUCAUUGGGUCGCAUCAUACUCCAUUACUUAACAGCUGUUAAGAAUUUGUCAUCUGAGACUCAAGAAAGUGGAUCAAUUGGUCAGGUUGCAGACAUGCUGAAAGCGAAUGCUAGUGGAUUGAGUGAAAUGGCAAACAACAUAAGUGAAUCUGCCUCGUCUGAUCUCUUGAAAGGAGUGUCAAUUGGAACUUCAAGGCUUUCAGAUGUUACUACUUUAGCAAUAGGAUAUAUUUUCAUAUUGAGUCUAAUUUUCUGCUACUUUGGUAUUGUUGCUUUGAUUCGUUACACGAAGGGUGAGCCUUUGAUGAUGGGAAGAUUCUAUGGUAUUGCUUCUAUAGCAGAAACAAUUCCAUCUCUCUUCAGGCAGUUUUUGGCAGCAAUGAAGCACUUGAUGACUAUGGUUAAGGUUGCUUUCCUUUUGGUUAUUGAACUUGGGGUAUUCCCCUUGAUGUGUGGAUGGUGGCUUGAUGUUUGCACCAUACAGAUGUUUGGGAAGACAAUGGUUCACAGAGUUCAGUUCUUCUCUGCAUCACCUUUAGCAAGUUCCCUAGUCCACUGGGUUGUGGGGAUUGUGUAUAUGCUACAAAUUAGCAUAUUUGUCAGCCUUCUUAGAGGGGUUUUGCGCAAUGGGGUUCUGUACUUCCUUCGGGAUCCAGCUGAUCCAAACUACAAUCCGUUCCGUGAUCUGAUUGAUGAUCCUGUCCACAAGCAUGCUCGCAGGGUUCUGUUAUCUGUUGCAGUUUAUGGCAGUUUGAUUGUGAUGCUAGUAUUUUUGCCUGUUAAACUUGCCAUGCGGAUGGCUCCUUCUAUUUUCCCACUUGACAUAUCGGUUUCUGAUCCAUUCACUGAAAUCCCAGCGGACAUGCUUCUCUUUCAGAUUUGUAUCCCAUUUGCUAUUGAGCAUUUUAAAUUGCGGACAACUAUUAAAUCCCUGCUUCGAUACUGGUUCACAGCAGUUGGUUGGGCACUUGGUUUAACUGAUUUCUUACUGCCUAGACCUGAUGACAAUGGUGGUCAAGAAAAUGGAAAUGGGGAACCAGGCAGGCAGGACAGGCUACAGGUUGUACAAGCAGGAGUGCACGAUCAGGGUAUGGUGGCCUUUGCAGGGGAUGAUUUGAAUAGGGUUAUUAAUGCAGCAGGUGAUCCAAAUGCGGCAGAGGAUUAUGAUAAUGAUGAACAAUCUGAUUCUGACAGUUAUGCUUUUGCACUUCGCAUUGUUCUACUACUGGUGAUAGCUUGGAUGACCCUGCUUGUCUUCAACUCUGCCCUGAUAGUUGUACCAAUUUCACUUGGACGGGCACUUUUCAAUUCUAUUCCACGUCUGCCCAUAACGCAUGGCAUUAAGUGCAACGAUCUGUAUGCAUUCGUAAUUGGAAGCUACGUGAUCUGGACUGCUGUUGCUGGAGUUAGAUACUCGAUUGAGCAAUUAAAAAAAAGGAGGGCCUCAGUCUUGUUUGGCCAAAUAUGGAAGUGGUGUGCCAUUGUUAUGAAGAGUUCUGCACUUUUGUCUAUAUGGAUAUUUGUCAUCCCGGUGCUAAUUGGGCUUCUCUUUGAGCUUUUGGUCAUCGUGCCAAUGAGAGUUCCAGUGGACGAAAGUCCUGUGUUCCUCCUCUAUCAAGACUGGGCUUUAGGCCUUAUAUUCCUAAAGAUAUGGACAAGAUUGGUUAUGUUAGACCACAUGAUGCCUCUUGUGGAUGACAGCUGGCGAGUAAAGUUUGAGAGAGUGAGAGAAGAUGGUUUCUCCAGGCUACAAGGCCUUUGGGUCCUUCGGGAAAUUGUACUUCCAAUCAUAAUGAAACUAUUGACAGCAUUGUGUGUACCUUAUGUUCUUGCCAGAGGUGUGUUUCCGGUACUUGGGUAUCCAUUGGUGGUCAAUUCUGCUGUAUAUCGGUUUGCAUGGUUGGGAUGCCUCUGUUUCAGUUUCUUGUGCUUUUGUGCCAAGAGAUUUCAUGUUUGGUUUACGAAUCUUCAUAAUUCAAUACGCGAUGACCGGUAUCUCAUUGGCCGGCGGUUGCACAACUUUGGAGAACAUGUCGAGAAGGCAAAUGAAGCGGGAGCUUCUACAGGUGUGCCGGAUACAAUUUUAUCUGACCACGAAGUAGAUGUUGGACUUAGGCUGAGGCGCAUAAAUCAACAGGCAGGCUGAGAUGUAUUUCAGGUAUGAGAACUUGUUAAACCUCAUGCCUGUUGGUUCUGCUCAUGAAUCGGUAAUGUAUAAUUAUGCACCUUCUUUGGAUAGUUAUUACAACAUCUGUCACAACACCUGUACUUCAGUCGAGAAAAAACAGUAUGUUUUGCACAAUAAUUUAGCUAAUGGUAGGAAAAUAAAGGUAGAAAUUAUUUA